AUGGAGCUCUCCGAUGUGCGCUUCCUUAGCGGCAGCGAGGAACUCUACACCAUCCACCCGACGCCCCCGGCCGGCGACGGCGGGAGCGGCUCCCGGCCGCAGCGGCUGCUGUGGCAGACGGCGGUGCGGCACAUCACCGAGCAGCGUUUCAUUCACGGGCACCGGGGCGGCGGCGGCGGCGGCGGGAGCGGAGGCUCGGGGAAAGGCUCGAACCCUGCGGGCUGCGGCCCCAACCACCACGCGCCUCAGCUGUCCGGCGAGUCCGCGCUGCCGCUCUACUCGCUGGGCCCCGGGGAGCGGGCGCACAGCGCCGGUGGCUCCAAAGUCUUCCCGGAACGCAGCGGGAGCGGCAGCGCCAGCGGCAGCGGAGGUGGGGGCGACCUGGGCUUCCUGCACCUUGACUGCGCCCCGAGCAACUCGGAUUUCUUCCUCAAUGGGGGCUACAGCUACCGAGGGGUCAUUUUCCCCACCUUGCGCAACUCCUUCAAAUCCCGGGAUCUGGAGCGCCUGUACCAGCGCUAUUUCCUGGGCCAGAGGCGCAAAUCGGAGGUGGUGAUGAACGUGCUGGAUGUCCUGACCAAACUCACCCUCCUGGUCCUCCACUUGAGCCUGGCCUCAGCACCCAUGGACCCGCUCAAGGGCAUCCUGUUGGGCUUCUUCACUGGCAUCGAGGUGGUGAUCUGUGCCCUGGUGGUGGUCAGGAAAGACACCACCUCGCACACGUACCUGCAAUACAGCGGCGUGGUCACCUGGGUGGCCAUGACCACCCAGAUCCUGGCAGCAGGUCUCGGCUACGGGCUUCUAGGCGACGGCAUAGGCUACGUGCUCUUCACGCUCUUCGCCACGUACAGCAUGCUGCCGCUGCCGCUUACCUGGGCCAUCCUGGCUGGCCUGGGCACCUCGCUGCUGCAGGUGGUCCUCCAAGUGGUCAUCCCUCGGCUAGCAGUCAUUUCUAUCAACCAGGUUGUGGCCCAGGCAGUGCUAUUCAUGUGUAUGAACACAGCUGGAAUCUUCAUCAGUUACCUCUCAGACCGGGCCCAGCGUCAAGCCUUCCUGGAGACGCGGAGGUGUGUGGAGGCCAGGCUACGCCUGGAGACAGAGAAUCAAAGACAGGAGCGGCUCGUGCUGUCUGUGCUACCCCGAUUUGUUGUCCUGGAAAUGAUCAAUGACAUGACCAAUGUGGAAGAUGAGCACCUGCAGCACCAGUUCCAUCGGAUCUACAUCCAUCGCUAUGAGAAUGUCAGUAUUCUUUUUGCAGAUGUUAAAGGAUUUACCAACCUCUCCACGACCUUGUCCGCUCAGGAGCUGGUCAGGAUGCUCAACGAGCUCUUUGCCAGAUUUGAUCGACUGGCCCAUGAGCAUCACUGCCUUCGUAUUAAAAUCCUGGGAGACUGCUACUACUGUGUUUCCGGACUUCCUGAGCCCCGCCAGGACCAUGCCCACUGCUGUGUUGAAAUGGGCCUCAGCAUGAUCAAAACCAUCAGGUAUGUCCGGUCCAGGACAAAGCAUGAUGUGGAUAUGCGGAUUGGAAUCCACUCGGGCUCCGUGCUAUGUGGUGUGUUGGGCCUGAGGAAGUGGCAGUUUGAUGUCUGGUCUUGGGAUGUGGACAUUGCAAACAAACUGGAAUCUGGAGGAAUCCCUGGGAGAAUUCACAUUUCCAAAGCCACCCUGGACUGCCUCAAUGGUGACUAUAAUGUGGAAGAAGGCCAUGGAAAAGAACGAAAUGAGUUCUUGAAGAAGCAUAAUAUAGAGACCUAUUUAAUUAAGCAGCCUGAGGAGAGUCUGCUCUCCCUGCCAGAAGACAUCGUCAAGGAAUCGGUGAGCCCCUCUGACAGGAGAAACAGUGGGGCAACAUUCACUGAAGGAUCCUGGAGCCCCGAACUGCCCUUUGAUAACAUUGUGGGGAAGCAGAAUACUCUGGCUGCCCUAACAAGAAAUUCAAUAAAUCUGCUUCCAAACCAUCUUGCACAAGCUUUGCAUGUCCAGUCUGGGCCUGAGGAAAUUAACAAGAGAAUAGAACAUACCAUCGACUUGCGGAGUGGCGAUAAAUUGAGAAGAGAGCAUAUCAAGCCAUUCUCACUGAUGUUUAAAGACUCCAGCCUGGAGCACAAGUAUUCUCAAAUGAGGGAUGAAGUAUUCAAGUCAAACUUAGUCUGUGCAUUUAUUGUUCUUCUAUUUAUCACAACAAUACAAAGUUUGCUUCCUUCUUCAAGAGUGAUGCCAAUGACCAUCCAGUUCUCCAUUCUGAUUAUGCUGCACUCAGCUCUGGUCCUAAUCACCACAGCAGAGGAUUAUAAGUGUUUGCCCCUGGUCCUGAGGAAAACUUGCUGUUGGAUUAACGAGAACUACUUGGCGCGGAACGUCAUCAUCUUUGCCUCCAUCUUGAUUAAUUUCCUGGGUGCCGUCCUAAAUAUCCUGUGGUGUGAUUUUGACAAGUCGAUACCCUUGAAGAACCUGACUUUCAAUUCCUCAGCUGUGUUCACAGAUAUCUGCUCCUACCCAGAGUACUUUGUCUUCACGGGAGUGUUGGCCAUGGUGACCUGUGCAGUGUUCCUCCGACUUAACUCUGUCCUGAAGCUAGCUGUGCUGCUAAUCAUGAUCGCCAUCUAUGCCCUGCUGACAGAGACCAUCUACGCUGGCCUCUUUCUGCGUUAUGACAACUUGAACCACAGUGGCGAAGAUUUCCUGGGGACCAAAGAGGCAUCACUGUUGCUAAUGGCCAUGUUCCUCCUUGCUGUAUUCUACCAUGGACAGCAGCUGGAGUACACAGCCCGCCUGGACUUUCUUUGGCGAGUACAGGCCAAGGAAGAGAUCAAUGAGAUGAAGGAGCUGAGGGAACACAAUGAGAACAUGCUACGGAAUAUCUUACCAAGCCACGUGGCCCGACAUUUCCUGGAGAAAGACAGAGACAAUGAGGAACUGUACUCUCAAUCCUAUGAUGCCGUUGGGGUGAUGUUUGCCUCCAUCCCAGGAUUUGCAGACUUUUACUCUCAGACUGAAAUGAAUAACCAGGGAGUGGAAUGCCUACGGUUGCUGAAUGAGAUCAUUGCUGACUUCGAUGAGUUGCUUGGUGAAGACCGGUUCCAGGACAUUGAAAAGAUCAAGACCAUUGGCAGCACCUACAUGGCCGUGUCAGGCCUGUCACCAGAAAAACAGCAAUGUGAAGACAAGUGGGGGCAUUUGUGUGCCCUGGCCGACUUCUCUCUCGCCCUCACUGAAAGCAUACAGGAGAUCAACAAGCAUUCCUUCAACAAUUUUGAACUCCGGAUCGGCAUCAGCCAUGGCUCAGUGGUUGCUGGUGUGAUUGGCGCUAAGAAACCUCAAUAUGACAUUUGGGGCAAAACCGUGAACCUGGCCAGCCGAAUGGACAGCACAGGGGUGAGCGGGCGGAUCCAAGUGCCAGAGGAGACCUAUCUCAUCCUAAAGGACCAAGGCUUUGCCUUUGACUACCGAGGGGAGAUCUACGUGAAGGGCAUCAGUGAACAGGAAGGGAAAAUCAAAACGUACUUUCUCCUGGGAAGAGUCCAACCCAACCCAUUCAUCUUGCCCCCAAGAAGACUGCCCGGGCAGUACUCCUUGGCCGCAGUCGUUCUGGGCCUUGUCCAGUCCCUCAACCGGCAAAGGCAGAAGCAGCUACUCAAUGAGAACAACAACACGGGGAUCAUCAAAGGCCAUUACAACCGACGGACUUUGCUGACUCCCACUGGGCCGGAGCCUGGGGCCCAAGCUGAAGGCACUGACAAAUCCGAUUUGCCAUAA